AUGAGGAAAGGAGCCAAGAGAAAGGCCCGGCCAGCGGCGGCGACGGAGGAAGCCGCCACCAAGCCCAAAGCCACCGCCACACGCGCCAAGCGCGUCAAGGCCUCGCAGCCGCAGCCGGAACCGGAAUACGUAGAAGAGCAGCGCAACCUUCAAGAUCUAUGGAAGGCGGCGUUCCCGGUAGGCACCGAGUGGGAUCGGCUGGAGUCAAUCUAUCAAUACGACUGGGAUUUCUCGAAUCUCGAGAAGGAGUUCGAAGAAGAAGGAGGCAAGUUUCAUGGAAUCGGGGACAACAAAGUCUACCUCUUUGGCCAGACGGAGACCUCGUCGCCGUCGCAGCCGGUGCUGAUCCCGACGCUUGUGGCCGUCGUGGCGCCUCGGCCGCCGUCGAUGGAGAUAGGGAUUCGGUCCGUCCAGAGAGAAGAUAAGGAGAUAGUGCCGAUGAGGCAGAUGAAGAUGGACUGGAUCCCUUACAUUCCUCUGGAGGAGAGAGAAGGGUGGAAUUCCGAAAGGGCGAAGAAGUCCGAUUCGAAUUUGCCGCAGAUUUUUGUGCUGGGGUGUACUCAGAGGAAGGCUGGGUUGAAGCAGAUGAAGGAGGAGCGGUGGAUGAAGUUCCAGUAUUGUAUGCCGUAUUUGAUGAACCCGAACGAGGAGGAGAAAGAGCAGAGUACUGUGGUGGAUAUACUCUUUCCCCGCGAGCCGCAAGCACCACUGUUUGUACAAUUCGAUUGGGAAUUUGAUGAGGUCGAGGAGUACACCGAUGAGCUGAUAAAGGCGGAGGAGUUGAGUGAGGAUAAGAAGGAGGCGUUCAUGGAGUUUGUGAGGGAGGAGGUGAAGAAAGCGAAGAAGAAGAUUCGAGAGGAGAGGGAGGCGAAGAAGAAGCUCAUGGAGGACCCUAAGUAUCAGGAGGCGAAAAUGUUCUAUGAGAAUAUGAGGCUUUAUAAGAUUUACCCGGUGCAAACGCCGAACACUCCUGUGAUAGAGAUGAAGUCUAAGUAUAUCAACUACUACUACGGAAGCGCCCAUGAGAUUAUUUGA